AUGGGACACAUUCUCCAUCCACCACGCACACCGCACCCCCAUCCCGAUGUCGAGGUCCCAGAUCUCCCGGACAUAAUGGAGGACAUGGACUUUGAGUGGCCAGAAGCAGGGCCAUCGAGGCAGCGCUCGGCGCUCUCGGACGCGACACUUGGCCCCAAGGCGAUCGCGGCGAUGACAGGCGCGGUGACCACAUCACUCCUCAUGACUCCUUUCGACGUGCUCAAAACACGUCUCCAAACCGUGCAGCCGCAUAUCCGCCCCGAAUUCCUCCCGCCACCCGUCGAAUGCUGUCAAACUCCGCUACUGAUGUCUGGCGCUAGCACAGAGAGCAUCGCCUGCGCGACUUCGACCUUGCCCCGCGCACCACCACCACGACCGCAGGCCGUCGCGUACGCACUCGCGGCACCCGAAGGUUGUUAUCACCCCAGCAAAUGGGCGGGCAUCUGGGGCGAGGCCAUGAGCUUUGAGGAAGCCAUGACACGAGGGUUCCUCGCUCGCGGUGGGUUUGCCGAACCCAAGACGGCUCCAACCCGCGGAUUCUGGAGUGAGGUUGCAGCCGUGCGCCGCGAUGCUGGCGUCCGUGGACUGUGGAAAGGUGUAGGGACAACACUCACUAUGGCCGUACCAUCAUCAGCGAUCUACAUGCUCGGGUACGAAUACCUGCUGGCCAAGCUCGUCCCGGUCUUUACCAACCAACCUUCGUCGAACGCGGUCCUGACGCCCGCUCCACUCAUCGCGGGUAGUCUCGCGCGCUCGUUUAGCGCAAGUAUCAUCUCGCCGCUGGAGAUGUUCCGCACGCGUCUGCAGGCACUGCCGAUGGAAGGGCAGCCGAUUCCAACUUAUGCGUCGACAGGGCGCGACAUGCUCGCACUCGUACGCGAAAAGGGCGUAACCAUCCUGUGGCGCGGUCUCGGGCCUACGCUCUGGCGCGAUGUUCCUUUCUCGGGCCUGUACUGGGCCGGGUUUGAAAUUAUCAAGGGGCGCCUCAACAGCGCCAACUCGCCCUUGCCGCCACUCACGCCGAUCGCCACGUCGUUUGUCUCGGGUGCUGUUAGCGGCACGUUUGCCGCCCUUAUGACCCAGCCGUUUGACGUGCUCAAGACGCGCCGCCAGGUGUUUACACCCUCGCCUGGCUGUUCCCCAGAGGCCCUCCGCCACCGUGCAAGCACGUUCCCUCUCGCUCUCCACGUUAUCCGCACCGAAGGAUGGACAGCGCUCUUUGCUGGAGUCGUGCCGCGUUGCGGUAAGAUCGCGCCCGCGUGCGGCCUCAUGAUCGCCUGUUAUGAGGGCGUGGGCCGGUACCUCGAGGGCAAGAAGUAA